GGCUGGAGCACUUAGCUGCAGCUGACGGUCCUUCAAGUAUCGCGGUGAUCGUGUUAUCAUGCGCCACAGCUGCAGGAAUCCAAGUCAGCGAUUCUACCUCGAGAUGGACAACUCUACAUGCUGUUGGAGCACCUCAGGCGGGCCGCCCUGGACACCGGGACCGGCCGGCGGCCUCCGUCGGGAUGACCACGACUGGGCCCCGAACAGAAGCAACGAUGAGCCGCUUUGGGCUGCAACCGACUUCGACAGAUACAACACCACCAUGUACCAACUGGACCCAGACGUUCACAUGGCUAUUGCUAUAUACCUCACCAUUGUUGGUAUCGUAGCUGUGGUCGGUAACGGCUUGGCGAUCAGCGUGUUUCUGAAAGAGAAGCAGUUCCGCGGGAAGGAGCACAACAUCCUGCUGCUGAACCUGGCCGUGUCCGACCUGGCCAUCGCCGUGUUCGGCUACUCCUUCACGGUGAUCGCCAGCUACGCCCGGCAGUGGCUGUUCGGCCACGUGUGGUGCGUGCUGGACGGCUUCAUCUGCUUCACCUGCGCCAUGAGCAGCAUGAACACGCUCUGUGUCAUUAGCGUCUACCGAUACAUCAUCAUCUGCAAACCGCAGUAUGCCUGUAGACUGACCCAGAGCUUCACCGUGCACGUUAUCGUGGGGAUCUGGGUGUACGCCCUGGUCUGGACCGUGCCGCCGCUGUUUGGGUGGAGUUCGUACAGCAUGCUGCCGUUCGGAACGUCCUGCGCCAUAGACUGGUACGUGUCGAGCGUGUCUGACGCCCUGUACGUCUCCCUGUGUCUGCUGGGUUGUUACGUCCUACACAUCACCGUCAUGGCGUUCUGCUACAUCCGGGUCAUCCGGCGGAUGGAUUCCAUGCGAUUCGCCGCCCUGGCCAGCGAAGAGGCGCGACAAGUCGUGAAGAAGGACAAAAGGAAGAACAUCAUCAUGUGCCUCUCCAUGGUGGUGGCCUUCCUCGCCGUGUGGACGCCGUACGCCGUCUCCUCGACCUGGGCCAUAUUCCAGCGCCACCUGCCGAUCAUGGCCCUUUUCAUCCCCACCAUGUGCGCCAAGUCGUCCUGCAUGCUCAACCCCAUCAUCUACACUGCAUUCAACCAACGGUUCCGCAAGGCGGCGCUGCGCGUCGUGAAGGGGGCGGCUGCUCACGCACGGAUCGUGCCCGUGGGCUGGGGACACCGGAGCGACGCCGCCGUGAGCAGGGCCAACACCUCGCGCGAGAAUCGCUUUCAGGCGUACCUUCCCGAGGAUAUCAGCAUGGCGACCAUUGGUUACAGAGAUAACCUGGUGUAAAUCCAUUUAGUAAAAGUAAGACAUCACUGAAUUUUGGGCUCCCUUCCUUCUGAAACUACACAGUACACUGCACUUAUUUCAAACAGCAGACUACAACCUAAGGAAUGGGCACUGUCAGGGGUGCUUCUGCUGGUUUUCAAGUGUCUUUUGACUCAGCCUCCAAAUCUGGCCAUGCCGGGUAAAUUCACAUUAUUUUGUUAACAAAUCUUAACAUCAACUUGAUCAAGCCUUUCUAGAAAAAUAAACACCAGGUUUGAAAGCAUUGGCUUGAAUGAUGCUGUAUACCUGAUGCCUACCUCAAAAUAUCUCCAGUGUAAAAAUUGUACAUU